UCAUGUUAUUGAUCAGAGCUCUUUGUUAGUUAUUACAUGGAUCGAUCUAUCUGUCAAACUAACUAUGUUCGACCACUGAGUCACAGUUCAAUCGUUCCUCGAUUGCUUUCCCCUGAACACAGGAACCGGAAGUGAGAAGGCUCCUACGUCGCAACGAGGGAACAUAGAUCUCUUUGUAAAUCCGCCGCGCGCGCAGAUUCGUUUGGACUCCGGUUCAUUAAGCAGCAUCAUGUCGGACGAGGGGAAACUGUUCAUCGGGGGUUUGAGCUUCGACACCACCGAUGAAUCGCUGAAAGGGGCCUUCGAAAAAUAUGGAGCCAUCGACAACUGUGUUGUCAUCAAGGACCGAGAAACUGACAAAUCUCGCGGCUUCGGCUUCGUGACAUACGAGAACCCCGAGGACGCGAAAGACGCGAAGGACGGCAUGGACGGGAAGGACCUGGACAACCGCCAGAUCCGCGUGGACGUCGCUGGAAAAGGAGGUCGCGGCGGCCGAGGGAGAGGCGGCUUCGGCGGCAGAGGCUCAAGCGGGAGAGGCUUCGAGGGGAGAGGCUCGCGAGGAGGAGGGGGGUAUGGCAGGCGCGACGAUAGGAGCAGCCAAUCCGACGGGUGGUCCGGUGGUGAUAACCAGUACCGGAGCGGCGGCCGCAGCGGCGGCAGUGGUGGUUACUCCAGCUACAGAGACAACCGGUCCGGUGGAUUUGACGACCGAAGCUCGUCCUACCGUGACAGCUACGAGUAAACACCGCCCCGGUGCGACGGCCUCAUUUUGCCCGACUGCGUCUCUCAAAACACGCACACUCCUCAAACAAAGAUGUCCGCGUGUUGCUGAGCUUCGUUUUUUUGUAAUUCUGUUUUUGUAGCUCGAGCAUCUUAAAAAAAAAAAAAUAAUGUAUCCAUGAGUUUUUUUUUGUUCAUUCCUCAAAUAAACCAUGUUACCAAUUCCA